AACACGUGCGUUCCGCGUCCUGUCGCCAUGUCACCUGUUCCGACUACCCAGGAGGCUCCUGCCCUACCUUCCCCGCUGCAGCCAGCUCCACCGCCCACAUCGCCACCACAACAACAAUCUGUGCAAUCAAUAAUUCAGCAGGCUGGUUCAAUGCUACCUGACUUUGAUGAUAUAUUGAAUCGAAAGUACAAUGAAAUUGUUAUUGACUUCAGGAACAAUCCAAAAGCCGAACCGGUCACUGCCAAAGAUCGAAAGGAGUUUAUAGAGCAGGCCUAUCUCUACACCGACGCUCUGAUCUUCGGCGGUGGUCGUACGUUAAGCGAUGGAGAGUCCAAAGUGCGCGCUCUUACCAAGGUCUUCUGUAAGGUCCUUGCCGAGGAGUCUUGGUCUGAAGCAUGGAUUCGCCCAGAAGAUGUCGAGCGCAAACUGUCUCGUUUCGAAAUGCACAAGGACUCUAAGGUACUUGCUGCCGAGUACAAGCUCCAUACCCCCCAGGAUGCCAUCAGAGCAGCCAGGGAGGCCCAACAAAAAGUAAAAGAUCUACCGAAAGACAAUAAAACUCCACGUGGCCCCUAUGAUGAUAUCGAGGUCGUUUUCGUUCCGGGUACGGUUUCCGCAGCUGCUACUGCGUCCAUCAAUCGAGACACUACCUAUCCGGUCAGCGUCUCGAGCGUGGCCAACGUUUUGUUGACGCACCCCUGUCGUGAUAUGACGCGACCCUGCGCGAUGGCUAGGAAAUUCGUAGAGUGCCAGGAUAUUGAGGAACUACGGGGGCUGCGCAAAUUUGCUUGCGAUGUUUGCGAUUUUGCGCCGCACCUUCUGGACAAUGACAAUGCCAGCCUGCUCAUCAUUCUACUCAUCUUACCCCGCGCGGAAAUAUGCAAACGUUUCGACGACAUGGGAAUUCGUAUUGAAGGCUCGACCAUCAGCCAUCGGCGAUCCGAAUGUGUUAAGAAUAAAAUGGGAUGGAAAAACUCCGAGGAGCGUAAACAUUUUGAUAAUGUCGCACUCGAACUUCAAAGUCGGAUCAAGGCCGCUUGUGGAGGACCGAACCGCGUGCACCGCUAUACUCCACGAACACCAAAAUAUGUUACUAGUGAUACCAGUCGACCGAGUUCACGCAAUGGAAUUGACGGUAUACACAAUCACAAUGGAUUUAACGGAACCCCCGGACCCAAUGGCUACAUGCCGCCACCGAUUGGAUUGUUCACCCCCCAAAUUGGUGCCAACAGUCACAAGCAGCCUCCGAUUGGAAUGUUCGCUCCCAACGGUAGGGUCAACGGCCACAACCAGCAGUUUCCUGGUGGAAUGGUGACUCCUCAAAAUGGGUACAUCAAUCACAAUCACAAUCACAAUCACAAGCAGCUGAAGGAUGGCGUACCCACUCCUACCGGCGUCAAUGGGGGCAGCGGUCAGAAGCAGCCCCCGAUUGGAAUGUUUACUCCUCCAGCCCCCCCAUCUUCUGCCCACAGUGGUUUCAACCCAGUCAAUAGGAUCUCGCCAGUCAACGGCCACACCCCCGCCAAUAGCAGCCUCAAUGUGGGUCAGCGCCGUUCAUCGCGUGGGACGCCAGCUCUUGUCUCACAAAAGGCGGCGGGGAAGCAGCCUGUACGUAAAGAUGAGGACGCAAUGGACACUUCCUAA